AAAGCAACCGGAAGAAUAUAAAAAGAAAAGAAAAGAAAGAAAAACAGUUCAUACACUUCAUAUUUAUUAUCUCUCUUCGACAAGUCUCUUGUCGAAAGCUUAGCCCUUCGUUACAACUCAACUUCUUCGCUUUUGAUCCCACACCAAGAGGUCUGAGCUUUCUUCUCUCUCUAGCAUGCAAAAGGGUAUAAUAGAAUUUGAAGGACUAUGGAUGGCACAAGUAAAUCUACUGAAGUCUACCCAUCUGAAAGAUCGUCUGGAUCAAACUAUAUUUUUGAAGAUCCUGAACUGUUUCCUCGAGUUGGCACUGAAUACCAGGCAGAAAUCCCUCCUCUUCUGGACAUGUGUGGCUAUGGGCAGCUUGCAAGUGAAUCAUACAAUAUAAGCAUUAAACAUGACAUAUCAAAUUCUUACCCGAUGGAUUUACCUAUUCCAGUCAUGUGGAUAUAUGAUGAGAGUGAGGAAAAAAGAGGUGAGCUUAAGGAAGCUUGUGGUAAUGGGAGUGGCUCUUUAAGAUCUGAAAACAACAAGAAGGGGAGAAUUACUUCAGAUAGUGUCAAUGGAGGGACCAAAACCGUCUCUUUGCUUGAUUUUAUGGAGAAUGGGGAAAAAUCAGACGGGAUACAAUGUGUUCCAUCUGUGGUUUUGAGUGAAAUCAUUGGACAGAAAGCUCACACUGAUCAUUGGGAUGGCUGCUAUCUUGUUCCGGGCAUACCUAAUGAAGAUUGGAAUGGCAUUGAAUAUUCUAGCUUCCUCCUUGGCUUGUAUAUUUUUGGGAAAAACCUUUCUGUUGUUAGUAGGCUUAUAGGGAGUAAAAAUAUGGGAGACAUAUUGUCAUACUAUUAUGGGAAGUUUUACAGAUCUAGAGAUUAUCAGAGAUGGUCUGAUUGUCGCAAGGUAAAAGGGAGGCGGUGCAUAUAUGGUCAAAGAAUUUUCAUGGGCUGGAGGCAGCAGGAGCUCAUGUCCCGAUUGUCGUCCCGUGUCUCUGAGGAAUGUUAUCAUAUGUUGGCUGAGAUCUCUAAACUGUUUGGAGACGGAAAGAUGACGCUUGAAGAGUAUGUAUUCUGUUUGAAAGAGAAGGUCGGCAUCAACAACUUCGUUGAAGCUGUAGCCCUGGGCAAAGGAAAGAAGGAUCUGACCGGAACCGCUUUGGAGUCAACAAAAGCCAAUCCUUCUUUACCUGUCCGUUCUGAAGUUCCUAUAGGAAAAGCAUGCUCUUCUCUUACAACAACUGAAAUUGUCAAAUUAUUGACUGGCAAUUUCCGUCUAAGCAAAGCCCGAUCCAACGAUCUUUUCUGGGAAGCCAUUUGGCCUCGUCUUUUAGCACGGGGGUGGCAUUCAGAGCAGCCUAGUGAUGUCGUAUAUGCUGGUACAAAGCAAUCUUUAGUUUUUCUUGUGCCAGGUGUCAAAAAAUUUUCAAGAAGAUUAGAGAAAGGAAUCCACUUUUUCGAUUCAGUCGCUGAUGUUUUGCAGAAAGUUGCCUCAUCACCUUCUCUUCUUGAACUUGAAGUAAAUCCAGAUGACGGCGGAAGUCUGAAUGGCAAAUGCUCGACAGAUCCUGAGAUCGGAGAGGAUCCAGAAGUUUCAUUGAAUCCUCGUCGCCAUUCUUACCUCCAGCCACGGAGCUCAACUCAAAAACAUAAUUACAUGACUUUCACAGUUGUAGAUACCAGCUUGUAUACCGGGGAAGGAAUAGUUAGAGUAAGGGAACUCAGGAGUUUGCCUAUUGUCCCUCUCAGUUUCACUCCAUGUGGUCCUCGUAGUGAAGAGAGUAGUUCAGAUAGUGUGGAAGGAGGGUCUGUUGAAACAUAUUAUGGUCAACCAAAUGAUGGUUUUGAUGUACUAAACAACCAACUGUCAAAUGGACCGGUUUCUGUGGUUAUGGAAGAAGUAAGCACUUUAGACACUCAAUUGCCCGAUAUUUCAUGUUUAAAGAACUAUAAAGAAGAACAAAGCAGUUGUGAUAAGAAUGCCAAUGUCUGCCAAGUGUCUAGCCAAACUAUGGAUGUUCAAUCUAGCCAUGAGGUGAAACUCCAUGAGAUGUCAAAUUUAUCAUCGAUUACCAACUACAAAGAGUCCAUCCAUAAUAGUCAAAGCACGGUGAUAGAUGAAUUAUUAAACCGAGGAGAAAUUGGUCAUUCAUCAUUUGUAGUUGGACUGUCUCAUAGCUCAUUGUCUGACAGUUCUGCUGCGUGCGACAGUGAAAAAAGUAGUGAAAGAAAUCCAAUUAAGAAUACUCAUGGACCAGCCCAAUCAGUCGACAAUUCUAGUGUCAUUCCUGACAAACAGUUUAUUAAAAAUGUGUUGCAUAAAUGUGAUAAUAUUGUACCUGGUGCGAAACCUUCUUCUCCGUCUGAAGGUGCCGCCAUUACAGCAAACCAGCCAGCCAUAGCAAGCAGGAGGCAAAGCACCAGAAACAGGCCAAGUGCAAAAGUGUUGGAGGCAUUUGCAUAUGGAUUCCUCGGUACAAGCAAUAAGAGAAAGGGUGGUAAUGGUUCAACAGCAACAGCUUCUAGGCGUGUGCGUAGGAAGAACAAAGAUUCGAUUCCUUUAGAAACUGUGGCUGUAGAUCAUAAUAAUUUUGUGUGUCACAUGGAAGCAAACAUGGACGGCACACAUAAUGAUAACAUGGAGAUGCUUGGUAAGUCAGAUAACUUUGUAGUUCAUGAGUUUCAGGUGAUGCAGUCAGAUAUGUAGGCCGAAUGAAAAUCGAGGUAACCUUUGAGUUAUUAUUCGGAUCUGUGAAGAUAUAAAUUGUAAGUUUUUGUGUUUCUUUUCAUUUAAAGUUUAAAUAUCUGAAGCAGAAAGCAUACAGGUAUAGUUUUAUUCUCCUCUUUAGCUGUAAUAAAUUUAGAUUUGAAUUCUACUUUAUUAGGGGUUUAUUCAAAGAAAGAUCAAGUAUCAAUAUGUAUUAGAAGAGUGUCAGUCAUUUUUGCAUUUGUCUAACUAGUAUUCCACUCGUGUGUUGCCG